AGGAAGUAAUAUCUUGGACAAAUUGAUGGGUUGAGAGUUUGGGUAACAAAAGAGAGGUUGAGUUUAGAAUAGGUGAGGUAUUGGCCCACUUAAAAUGAGUAUGUGGAAACCAAUAAGAUUUGACAGAAUAAGAAAUGGUUGUAGAAAAUAAAAUGAGAACCAUACGUUGAUCGAGAGGCUAUCAAUUAUCUUAUCUUGAUAUUUUUAUGGCUUGUAAUAACGUCUUCUUUCUUGAACAUAAUAACAUCAUCUUAUACUUCCACUGCUUCACUCCUACUGUCUAAGUUGCUGCUGCUACAUCAAGACUCAAGACUCAAGACUCAAGACUCAAGAGCAUGGCUUCCAACAUGCUCUCUAUCGCUAACCCGUCUCUCCGGGUUUACAACAAGGGAUUUUCUGAAUUUUCUGGUCUACACACCUCUUCCCUUCCCUUUGGUCGCAAGGGCUCUGAUGACUUGAUGGCUUUUGUGUCCUUCCAAACUAAUGCUGUUGGAGGGAAGAGAAGUAGCCAGAAUGGAGUAGUUGAGGCAAAAUUGAAGGUAGCAAUCAAUGGAUUCGGAAGAAUUGGAAGGAAUUUCCUAAGGUGUUGGCAUGGUAGGAAGGACUCUCCCCUUGAUGUUGUGGUGAUCAACGACACUGGAGGUGUGAAACAAGCUUCCCACCUUCUAAAGUACGACUCCAUCCUCGGAACAUUUGAUGCUGAUGUUAAGACUGCUGGGGAUAGUGCAAUCUCUGUUGAUGGCAAAGUCAUCAAAGUUGUUUCUGACAGAAACCCUGUCAACCUUCCUUGGGGGGACAUGGGCAUAGACUUGGUUAUUGAAGGAACAGGUGUGUUCGUAGACAGAGAUGGUGCAGGUAAGCACUUACAAGCAGGGGCUAAGAAAGUGUUGAUCACUGCCCCAGGAAAGGGUGACAUACCAACCUAUGUCGUUGGUGUCAACGAGGAAGGUUACACCCAUGCUGACACCAUCAUCAGUAACGCUUCCUGUACCACUAACUGCUUGGCUCCCUUUGUUAAGGUUCUUGACCAGAAAUUUGGCAUCAUCAAGGGAACCAUGACUACAACCCACUCCUACACGGGAGACCAAAGACUCUUGGAUGCAAGCCACAGGGAUCUUAGACGUGCAAGAGCAGCAUGUUUGAACAUUGUCCCAACAUCAACAGGUGCAGCUAAGGCUGUUGCAUUAGUCCUUCCUAACCUAAAGGGAAAGCUUAACGGAAUUGCUCUUCGUGUUCCAACACCAAAUGUAUCUGUGGUAGACCUUGUCGUACAAGUCAGCAAGAAAACCUUCGCUGAAGAAGUUAAUGCUGCCUUCAGAGAGUCUGCAGACAAUGAACUCAAAGGCAUUCUCUCAGUCUGUGAUGAGCCUCUUGUGUCCAUUGACUUCAGAUGCACUGAUGUUUCCUCAACUAUUGAUUCUUCAUUGACCAUGGUUAUGGGAGAUGAUAUGGUCAAAGUUAUUGCAUGGUAUGAUAAUGAGUGGGGUUACUCUCAAAGAGUUGUUGAUCUUGCUGACAUUGUUGCUAACAAAUGGCAGUAAAUUCAUCUAUCAUGUUAAUCAAAACCAAACUCACUCUUUUCUCUCAUUCAUCAUACUUAGUACGUACAAUUAUCACCAAUUUUCCCAUGUUGCUACUACUUAAUUGUUUUCAUCUUUUUGUAAUAAGAGAUAACUUUCCAAAUUUGUAUAGAGCAGAAUUCAGAUGUUUAUGCAUAUAUUAAUAUUAUGUGGGAGAAACAAAUUAAAUCCUUAA